AAAAAAAAGCACUGGAGCGCUGAGUUUUAAGGUGUAACUGUAGCGUUUGGAAUUAAGUUGGCCGGGAGAGAGGUAUUCUUUUCAAGGAGGUCUUUGUUUUGGCGGAUUUCCCAGCAUUUGAAGAAGGAGCAGGAUUCCAACAACUUCAGCGUAUGAAAAAAUGCUGCUCGGUUCCACAGGCCAAAACAGUAGUGUUUUAGCAUCCCUGCAGCUGCAAGGAAGAGCCAUGCAGCCAGCUCUCGAUAUGAAACACUUACUACCCUUUCGACUAAACACCCCCUCCCCCGUUGGAUUAUUUCCCAACUUCAACACAAUGGAUCCGGUGCAAAAGGCAGUAAUAAAUCACACAUUCGGCGUUACAUUACCACCAAAAAAGAAGCAAGUAAUCUCUUGCAACGUCUGCCACCUGAGGUUCAACUCGGAGAACCAGGCUGAGGCACACUACAAGGGUCACAAACAUGCCCGAAAGCUUAAGGCACUGGAAGCCCUGAAAAAUAAGCAAAAAGCUGCAGCAUCCAAGGAGGAAGACAUGGCACAAUCCAUUCACAACCCUGACGAUACCAUGAGUGAUCCAGAGAAAACAGAGGAUUUUCCUACCACACCAACAGGUGAGAAAACAAAAGGUAAUUCUACCUCACUGGUUCACGUAUCAAAAGUGUUUAUGAUGGAAUCUGCUGGCACCAAGACAUCCGCCACGUUUUCCUGUUCAGAAGCCACUAAUGGCAGGUCAGAGGAUGACAUUGCAACCUCGGUUGUACACACCGCGGAGAUCAUGAGAAGUGAGGGCACCGACAGCGUUAGCUCAGCCCCUGAAAGUGAGAAAGAGGGAGAGAAAAUGAAACAGCAGCUCUACUGCGCGGUUUGCAAAGUGACUGUGAACUCCGUAUCGCAACUCGAGGCACACAACAAUGGGUCCAAGCAUAAGUCAAUGCUCCAGGGGCAGAACAGCCACAGCAGAAGAAGCAGACUCAGAAUCUUCCCACGGACUUUGUACAAAACCAAACGCAUUGGUAACAAAGGGAGCAUCGGCCUGCAAAGCAAGGCUUUUCACUGUAACAUCUGUGAAAUAUAUGUCAACUCUGAAACACAACUCAAACAGCAUAUGACUAGUAGAAGACAUAAGGAGAGGCUUACAGGAAAGCCAUCUAAGCCCAAGUACAGUCCAUAUACCAAGCUUCAACAGACUGCGGUGUUGGCGACAAAGAUGGCUUUUCAGAAGCAUCUCACAAAACCAUUGGCAACUGGUUUCUUACCAAAUCCUCUAACAGCAGCUGCAGUCUGCGCUAUGCCAAACCUCGCCCUUCGACCGACCACACUCUUCCAGACACCAUUUCUUGGACCAGCUUUCUUCAGAGCCACUCCAGGUCCUUUGAGGGCGACACAUACACCAUUUCUUUUUGCACCAUAUUGACUUCAGGGUUCAAAUCAUUACAGACAUUUUGGAAAAUAAAAGGGAACUAUGCAGUCAUAAAUGUGAACGUUAUAAGUUAUGCAUGGCAGAACUCUGCCUCCUUGCUUUAACAUCUAUAAUCAGCAGUUUUAUACUGCAAAUAUAUUUAGAUGAACUUCAUAUUAAGAAAAUAUGGUUUCAGUUACAAAGACAAUUACAGAACUGAUGUAGAUGUGCGUAGAUUUCUGGUAGAACCAUGGGUUACCAGUCUAUUUUGCACAAUAUUUUUGUGAGUUCUUUAACAUGUGUCAGUCAUUAGUAAAGGUAUUCUGUGUGAGGGCGUUUUUUUUUUAUAUAGUAAAAGAAACAAAAAUCUGAAAAAAGAACACUUUGAAGAAAAAUGAUUUUGAAACCAGAAUGGUUGAUGAAAAAUCAAUAGCACAUCACAGGACAUGCUGCUGUCCAUGAAAAGAAGCAUGAAUCCAUAGCACAUGUGUGGCCCUAGUUCAAUUGCCUCAGCUGUGUUGCUAACAUGGAGGAAAUGAAAUGUCACCUCCAUUUCAGCUAGGAGUACUUUUUCGAUGUAGAAGUUCAGGAGGCAACUUGAAUGCAAUGCCAAGAAGUCCAGUAUUACAACUGAAUUUCCUGUACUUGACCAUCAUCAUCAGUUAUCAUCGUCCAUCAUACUGAGAGCUCCACAAAUGUCAAGCCCAUGUUUAAAGGCUGGUUAUGGAUGGAUCAGAAUAUUAUCUGAAAUCCUUCAGGCAAUAGCCAAUUUGAUGAUAAUUGGAAUAAUGAGCACACUGUCUAUGUGUACUGAGCUUAUUGCUAAGUGCUUUUGGAGAUCUAACAAGAAAAUAAUGGUGAAAGGCAAUAUCAGAUAACCAUAUAUGUUCAAACAAUUCAGAUUGAUAGGUUACCACCAUUUUUAAUAAAUUAUAUUUAAAACAUCUUGAUAACAUUCAAAGUGAAUUAUUUGCUUAAGACAUUAAUUUAAGGUUUAUGUCACACAGGCCAUUUAGUUUUCUGGCAAAGUUCAGAGUUUAUGUUUUAAUGUUCAAAAACUUGCCUCAUAGAGGCACAUUUUAUACUUAUGGGUGCCAGCAUUUUGAGCAGCUUUGAGAUUUAGCAAAACACAUCGGAUAAUAAAUUGUAUUUACAGCACAGUGGCAGUUGUGUAAGUAAAUCCAAAUUAAGUCUGAAUCAAAUUAUUUUCAGUUAGACCAAAAGUCAUUAUUUGGUAUUCACUGUCUUACCUCAAAUAGUUUCAUUUAUUUGAGGUUUAGAAUUUGAUUUAGGCAUUCCACGUAAGCAGUAAGGCUAUCAAGGGUUUAGCAUAUGCAUUUUGCCAAAGGAAGUAACUUUUUAUUUGUCUAACAUGGUCUUCCAACCAUACCAGUUUCUCCAUUAGAAGUGUUGACUCACUGGGAGCAGCUGCUAUUCUGUUUGGCUUAACAAUAUGAAAAUGUCACAGAAUUCCGUAGGCCUCUGAAGUUACGGAACUACCUACAUCCCAUUUACCUACUCCAUUUUGCUUGGCUUAGGACUGAAGCUCAGCAGAGAAAGUAGCUUAUAAAUACUUCCAUAGAAAUUAUUGUACUGUUUUGCUAUGUAGUUUAUAUAGGCUGGGAUAUUGGCCUUACUAAGGUUAGUUUUGCAAAGUAAUUUUUCUGAUGGCCUCCUCUGUUAAUAUUCUGCAAUGAUCAUUUUGUUACCCCUAUAUAAAUAUGCUAUAAAACGGAACUGACCAUUAGUUUCAUAUAGAAGCUAAUUGGUUUCAUAGUACUCAUUGUUGUAAUGUUGCAUUUGUGUGAAGCAUACAAAAGGAACUAUGUGUCUAAUAAGUGGUCUGAGCGCUAUCCCAUUAGUUUUUAUAUUUUCUCUUCAGUUGUUUUAAGAAAACGCCCUUCCACAGCUCCAGAUUUACCUGCAGCUUUCUUAUUGUGAGAUUGAAACAAACACUGUGAAUAUCAUCCUCAUCAUCUCAGACUUCCCACUGUGAAUAUCAUUUUACCAAAAACUUCAAAAUGUCAUCGUUCAAUGGGUCAUAGUUCUUGUGUCUGUAUGUUGUUAACUAUUUGGAGUCAUGUGAGCGCGUACCUCCAUUUGGUUAGAGAACAAUCCAGGAUUGCGGAUAAAUCCUGUAGUGUUCUCUUUGGGCUGUCACUUCUGUGAAAUUUGAAAUAUAGAGUAACUGUUGAGAAGUAUUUUGAUAAUAGCUAUUUUUCUGUCAAUGCCGGCUGCCACCAGUCCAUCAAUCCCCUGGAAAGGGUCUCGUCAUAGAGAUGAGUGAACACUUGGAUGAAAAUGUAAUAUUUCAAGUUUAAUAAAUCAAAUGC